UGGUGCCAGGAGCGCAGGGAAGUGGCUGCUGGCUGGGGAGAGGCCCCGGCGGGCUGUCUGCGCGGCUGCCUCGCUGGCGGGGGAGCAUGAGCCCGGAAUGCUAAUCAGGCAGCUGCUCAGCGAGGCUGCGGGGCGGCCGGCGCAGGGGGAGCCACCGAGCUAGCCAAGAACAACAGGCACAAACACGCGCAGAGGCGCCACAAAAAGCCGCCCGCUCCGGCCGCUCCGCCGAGCCGAGACCCAGGAGGGACGCCCGGCCCCGCAGCGCACCUGCCGCGGGCGAAUUCCAGCCGCGGGCGCCCGCUCGGAGGGAGAGGCCGCGGCGGGAAGAUGUCGUACCAGGGCAAGAAGAACAUCCCCCGGCUCACGAGUGAUCGGCUUCUAAUCAAAGGAGGAAAGAUUGUCAAUGAUGAUCAGUCAUUUUAUGCUGAUAUCUAUGUGGAGGACAGUUUGAUAAAGCAAAUUGGAGAAAACCUGAUAGUUCCUGGUGGUGUCAAAACUGUAGAUGCCUAUGGCCAGUUAGUUAUGCCAGGAGGCAUAGAUGUCCACACUAGACUGCAAAUGCCUGUGAUGGGAAUGACCUCCUCUGAUGACUUCUAUCAAGGCACAAAAGCAGCCCUAGCAGGAGGAACAACCAUGAUACUUGACCAUGUGUUCCCUGACUCUGGAAUGAAUCUGCUUGCUGCAUAUGACCAAUGGAGAGAGUGUGCUGAUAGCAAAGCCUGUUGUGAUUAUUCACUACAUAUUGACAUCACACGCUGGCAUGAGAGCAUAAAAGAGGAACUGGAAGCUCUAGUGAAAGACAAAGGUGUGAACUCCUUUCUAGUUUUCAUGGCUUAUAAAGACAAACUUCAGUGCACCGAUACCCAGAUGUAUGAAAUAUUCAGCAUUAUUCGUGACCUGGGUGCUAUUGCUCAAGUGCAUGCUGAAAAUGGAGACAUCAUUGAUGAGGAGCAAAAGAGACUGUUGGAACUUGGAAUUACUGGGCCAGAAGGGCAUGUUCUUAGCCAUCCAGAGGAGGUUGAAUCAGAGGCAGUGUACCGGGCAAUUACAAUAGCAAAACAAGCCAACUGCCCAUUGUAUGUCACAAAAGUAAUGAGCAAAGGUGCUGCAGAUGUGAUAGCACAAGCAAAGCGAAAAGGCACAGUUGUGUAUGGAGAGCCAAUUACAGCGAGCCUUGGCACUGAUGGAUCACACUACUGGAGUAAGAAUUGGGCUAAAGCUGCAGCCUUUGUUACAUCUCCUCCAAUUAGCCCUGACCCUACUACAUCUGAUUAUCUCACUUCACUGUUAUCAUGUGGGGAUCUUCAGGUUGCAGGCAGUGCCCACUGCACAUUUACCACUGCCCAGAAGGCAGUAGGAAAGGAUAACUUUACCCUUAUUCCAGAGGGAACAAAUGGCAUUGAAGAAAGAAUGUCUAUAAUUUGGGAGAAGUGUGUGGCAUCAGGGAAGAUGGAUGAGAAUGAUUUUGUAGCAGUGACCAGCACAAAUGCAGCCAAAAUCUUUAAUUUUUAUCCCAGGAAGGGGCGAAUUGCUGUAGGUUCUGAUGCUGACCUAGUUAUAUGGAAUCCCAAGACUACAAAAAUUGUCUCAGCAAAAACCCACAAUCUGAAUGUGGAGUAUAAUAUAUUUGAAGGACUAGAGUGCCGUGGUGCCCCUACUGUGGUUAUAAGUCAAGGAAAAGUUGUGAUGGAAGAUGGAAACCUCUUUGUCACCCAAGGAUCUGGUCGCUUUGUUCCUAGAAAGACAUUCCCUGAUUUUGUUUACAAAAGAAUAAAGGCAAGAAACAGGCUUGCGGAAAUUCAUGGUGUUCCCAGGGGGCUUUAUGAUGGGCCUGUACAUGAUGUCAUUGUUUCUGCGAAAGCUGUAGCCCCCACUCCUACUUCAAGGAUAGCUCCCUGUUCAGGCAAAAUACCAACUCUCCCUGUCCGUAAUCUGCAUCAGUCAGGAUUCAGCUUGUCUGGAUCUCAAGCGGAUGACCAUAUUGCAAGACGCACUGCUCAAAAAAUUAUUGCACCCCCUGGUGGACGUUCCAAUAUUACAUCUUUGUCAUAAGGAUUCCAAAUGUAAUGUAUUGUAUUCCUUGAAAAUCAAUCUUGGUUUCCACUGGGGCAGGUGGUAUAGGGAACUGCAUUUUUCAACAACAUUUUUGCAUUUACAGAAAAUGUAUCUUAAAAGACUCUGCCUUGUUUAUACUCACCCAGAACACCUUGCUUUAUGAGCUGUAAGCAACAGAAGUACAGCUCUUAAGUAGCAAUCUUAAUAAGAAAUUAUCUGGGCAUAAUACACACUGCCAGGGCAAGCAGCUUGGGUUGAGUGGAUACCUUGGAAAUAAAAUAUUGAUCUGCCAUCAAGCUCAGGAUGAAAUUAACCUUGUGUCAGUUUUACCCACCUACUCCCCAUUCUUCUCUGGUUGGAAAAUAGGCUAAAAAAUACCCCAGGAAAUAGAACUCUCAUCAGGUAUUUUAAAUAUAUUUAUCUCUCAAAUAGAUAUAUUCAACCAAUCUUUAACACAUGCAUGUAAACAAUUAGAAGGUCAUUAAAAUGUGUUCAGUGGUGCUGCUAGCUGUCUUGUAAUCAGGACAAGGCUGAAGACAUAUUUUGUGUUUAAUAGGCUCUUUGUUUCCGUUCCAAUAACAGCAACUGCCCUUUUUACUCUAAGGAAUUUUAACUGAUAAACAGUAUCAAGUCUGUAUGUUUUUAAUACAGUCAGUUAUAUAUCCUGUGGUUGAAACGAUCAAUAAUCAUAUAUUUAUACUAUCUCAUUGCACAGGCCUUGAACAUGCCUUGAGAAUCAUUGUCACUCUGUACCAAUGUGACAGCAUGAGUAUAAGAAAUCAACGUGUCGUCUGAAUGUUCAUGGAGUUAGUUGUAAUAGUGUCAAUAUAGGCAUACUAAUGCAUUUGAUUUUUUUUUAAUAGUCGUAUUUCUGGAACUCAGAGAUGACAGUGGAAGUUCCAAUGUGUUUUAGUCUUUUUGUUAGACUUGUUUUUUAAAGAUUAUUUAUAAAAUUUUCCAAGUACUAAGCAGAGGCAUAUUUGAAAGCCAGUUGCAGCUGAUGAACUCUUUUUAUAAAGCUUAAUACAACAGGUUUAUUAUAUUUAACACUAUGUACAGUAAAGGUGAUCCUAUAUGCAGUAUCAUUCCAUAAAACUAUGCAUGUAAUUGCAACAAAAUCACUUAUGAUUUUGUUUAUUGCUCAUUGCUUUCAAUAAAGUUUGUUGGAAA